GGUUGUUCAAAUUAAUUAACUGAAGGAUAAGGUGAAGUCCAACAAACUCUAGCUAGCAAGGGAAACAGAAAAGCCUUUGCUUAAAUUCUGAGAACGUUGAAAAGAAGAAUCAGCUUCUUCUUCUUCUUUUAGUACUACAAGAAAACUCCCCUCGUCCCGUCAAGAUUUUCUCACCAAAACAAGAUAAAGCUUCUUCUUCUUUCCCUACCAUCCAGGUUUCCUCAAGGUUUUUGUAGGCAGAUAUGGACUGCACCAUUUGUACUUCUAUGCCAGUUAUGCUAAGGCCUCCGAGGAAUGUAAUUUGCUCGACAUGCUAUGAGGGAGCUAGGAGCGUUAUCUUCUUCAUAAAUAAACAGCUUCAAACUGCUCAAGGACCAGCUGAUCAAAAACCAAAUUUGUGUAAGACUCUUGAAAAUGUGUCGAAAUGGGUGCGUGACAUGAAAGCAGAAUCAGAAGAACUCAGUGAGAAGAUUAGAUUUCUAAGUGGAUUUUCUGUUGCAUUUAGGGAUCAAAUUCACACUGACAUAUUAUUGCAACCUGGUGAAAGCGGCCCUCCAAUUCCCGCCCAUAAAGCCUUACUGGCAAUAAGAUCAGAAGUAUUUAACAACAUUCUAGACUCAGAUGGGUGCAAAGCUCCAGCAACCGACACCGUAAAACUGCCUGAGCUGAACCAUGAAGAGCUGGAGUCUCUAUUGGAAUUUCUGUACAACGGAGACUUGCCUGAAGAUAAGAUGAACAAACACAUCUACUCUUUGUCCCUUGCAGCUGAUAAGUACGGAAUCUCGUACUUGCAGAAGCUAUGUGAGUGUCAUAUGCUCAAGUCUAUGAGCCCAGCCAAUGCUCUUGAUGUCUUAGAGGUUGCGGAUGUUUGUUCCAGCCUAAAACUGAAGGAGAAUGCGUUGGACUACAUUGUUAAAAACAUGCAUGAUAUAGUUUUUUCUGCAAAAUAUGAUAGUUUUGCACUUCAGAAUCCGCAUCUAUGUGUACAGAUUUCAAGGGCAUCAUUAAUGGACGCCAAAAGAAAUUCAGUUUCCUAAUAUAUUAGUCAAAGAUCAGUUAGACAAAGCCAGCACGCACAAUCAAUUGUGUGGAGUUCUUACAAUUUUGUGAGUAUGUAAAUCUAAAUUGACCUAAGUAAGAACGUACGUAUGUAAUUUUUGUUUACUAUUUUUUAUCUUCAAAUAUUACUACGUACAAGUAA